GAGGCGCGGCGCUCGGGCGCGGGCUCCGUGGCGCCCCUGCCGCCGGUGCGCAUCGGCGCGUUCGAGGUCUUCCUGUGCGUGGCUCGGCCGCUGGUGCCCCUCGGCGCCGUGGCCCUGCCGGGAGGGUUCUCCGCGGUGGCGGUGGCCUCGCGGCUGGGGUCGCUGCGGUGGACGGAGGCGGACGAGGUGCUCAGGAGACUCACUCGUCCGCGCCCUGCCCACGCUGCCCCUGCGGGUGACCGUCCGCACGGCCGCGGGCUUGCCGGUCCCCGGCGUGCGCGUCGCGGCCGCGCCGGCGGAGGAGAAGCUGCGGCAGGGUCCGGCGACGCAGGCCGGCAGCGAGGUGGUGUUCGCGGCGGAGACGGACGAGCGCGGCGAGUGCUCCGUUCCAGUGCCGCUGUGUGUGCCCUUGUCGCUGGGGGUGUCGCACAGCGUCCUGAUGGCGCCCCAGCGGCGGGAGCUCCUCGCCUCCGACGCUGAGCCGCUGGAGCCGCAGGAGUUCGUGGCAGAGACGGUGGUGCAGCUCUGGCAGGUGGAGCAGGGCGCGGAGCUCCUCGUCUUCUGCGCCUCGCCGCGGGCCAGGCUCGCCCCCGAGGGCUCGGCGAGGUGCGUGCCGUUCCAGGGGCACCUGCAGCACCCGUCGCGGGGCAGGCUGCGGCCCAGCGCGAGCGGCUGCCUCCGCGGGGAGCCCGGCUUCCUGGACGGCGUGCGGGCGGUCGCCUGCGCCGGGUGGCAGAAGGCGCCGUUCCUCCCAGGGAGCCAUGCGGAGGCCGUGCUGGAGGAGCCCGAGGGCGGCAUGGUGCCUGCCGCGCGCCUGCCGGCCGCCACGGUGGAGGCCCAGCUCGCGGCGGGCUGCUGCCUGGCGCCUCUGCCCGGGGCGAGCGUCAGCAUCGAUGGCGAGCCCGUUGGCACCACGGGCGACCGCGGCGAGGCCGUGUCAGCUCCGGUGCGCGUCGCUGCGCACACCAUCCAGGUGGAGCACGCGCUGGCCCGUCCUGGGCUCGCGGUGCCCUGCGUCGUGCCCAAACCGCGCUUGUGCCGGGUGCAGAUCAAGUUGUCCCCCGAGCGAUUGCGGCUGUUCUGCACGGCGGCCGCUGGUGAGAGUGGGUUUGCUGACCUCUGGCUCGUGGCUGGCGACUCUCGUGAGUGGCGGCGCAGCAGCCUCAGGGGGCCUCCGAAGGGCAGUGUCGUGUGGCCUUGGAACGGCGAGCUGGGUGUUGGCCCCAGCGGGCAGCUGGCGGUGAAAGACGGUAUGCUGUGCAGCCCUGUCCCUGUCGCAGACGUCGGAGCUGGUGGCUGCUGGCUCGCCGCCGCGCUCGCGGCGCCGUCAGCGCUGGCGGGUGAGAGGAGCGUGGUGGCCCGGCUGAAGGACGGCCCUGGCGGUUGCCCGUUGACCCUGCUGGCCCAGCAGCCACACCUCGGGACGCCCGGCCUGUGGCUUGCCAGACUCGCGCCGACAGCGACGGGCGGUGGCGGUGUGCGCAAGCGCACCUCGUGGGCCGACGAGCAAACGACGGUCGCGGACAGGGGCGACCGCGGGCUGAGGCUGGCCUUUCGAUCACAGUGCUGCCGCCGGCUCGUGUUCCAUGAUGCCAGUGCCGAAGUGGAGGCCGGGGGCGGGGGCUCGCUGCAGUCGCGGCCCGAAUGCGGCGCGCUGGAGCUGCCAUGGCCCGUCGGCGAGGAGCCCUUCGGCGUGCGGAUCGCAGGUGUGCCACGCUGCCUGCUCCCAGGGUGCACGCACCACUAUGCGCUGUCUGGCGCUGCGGCUCCGCGGGGGGGGGUCGAGCUGGACGCGCCGUGCCCGCUCUGGCUGUACUGGAUCCCUCCACGGGACGAGGGCGCAGAGCUCGAGGUAGGCGAGGGGGAGGAGAACUGCAUCUUCGUCGCUGUCAAUGAGGAAGACGUGCCCGCCGUGGCGCGGCCGCUGCACGGUGUGCUGGAAUGCCCUGGGUCAGAUUGCCCAGAGACGCCACUGGACGGCUGCAGCCUGGGGCCCUUUCCGCUCCGCGCCCCAGUCGGCAGCUGGCACGACGCUGCGGAAUCCCCCUGCUUGCUCCAGCGGCUAGCGCUGAACCUGAACCCGCCCGCCGGCCUGAUACACUUCCCGCUGGAGCCCUCGCCUCUGCAGGAGCCCGGUGAUCAGGCUGAUUGCCAGCUGCAGCGGCUGUCCAGAGGACCAAUCAAGAUGGGCGCGUUCUGCCCGACACCGCCGCCAGCACCGCUGCGGCUGGAGCUCGCUUCCAGCUGCUGCGGCCGCCGGGUCUGCGGCGCCCAGGUGGACGUGGAUGGCCAAGCAGCGUCGGCGCUGGACCUUGACGUGGGCAUCUAUCGAGUGCCGCAGCCCAGGCGCAAGCGUCAGCAGGGCAGUGGCGAGAUGCGCCUUCGGAUCGGCGGGGUGCCCCGCUGCCUGCUACCUGGCGGAUCGAGUGCACUGUUCGCCCCCUUCGGCCCGUUCGAGCCGGAGACUCUGAGGGUGCCGGUGUCGUGCUCCCUCUUCGUGUACUGGGUUCCGCUCGCGGACUCGGAUGACCCCCACAGGGAGGCCGUGGUCGUCGAGGACGGGACCCCUGAGCCGGACAUGCCCUCGCGGCCGGUGGUGAUCACAGCUGAUGCUGAUGGGAUACCGGCUGACGCGCAGCCAGUGCAAGGGGCGCUAAGGGCGCUCGAGUGCGCCGCAGUGGCUGGGGCCAGCGCGGGUGACUCGAGGCGCUCCAGUGCCCCGAGGCGCUCGACUGUCUCGAGCUCGCGCGCCGCCGUGGACCCUGGGGAGCUCGAGUGCCCCUCUGUGGUGCUUGACGGGCGCUCGUUGGGGCCCUUUGGGCCGCCGUGCCCUGGUGCGGCGGGAACGCCAGACAGUGAGGACCCAGACGCCGUGCGAUGCCCCUUGGCGGACGCCACACUGCAGCUGUCGCCGCCGCCAGGCUUCCGCCUGGCUGCCUGCGACACCGAGGACCCGUUCGGACGCUCGGAAGGCGGCUGCGGGCUGCUGCGCCUUGCCGCGGAUGGCGCGGCGGAGGCUGGGCGGUUCGAGAUGGUUCCAGCGCCCCUGCUCACGGUCAAGCUGCGCACAGGGUGCUGCGGCUGCAGCUUCCGCGGCGUGAGCGCGAUUGUCAACGGCGGCGUCAGAGCCUCUCUCGGCAACGAGGGCUGCCUGCGGGUUCGCCGUGCGCGCCAGGGAGGCAAUCUCGGCUUGGUGCUCGAGGGUAUUCCUCCCGCGCUGCUGCACGGUGGCCAGGCACAGCUCGACAUUCCAUAUGGGGCCACCGAGCCAGAAGUCGUGGAGAUGGGCGUGCUGAGCCACCUGUGGCUCUACUGGGUUCCCCCGGACGACUUUGGCAAGCCAGAGGGGGACCUCGAGGACCCGCAGCCUGGCGAGGGGCUGGUCUUCGUCACAGCGAACCCCGACCACAUCCCCGAAGGCGCGAGGCCAGUGGCGGGCACUCUGGACAGCCGAGGCGGAGGCGGCAGGAAGAUCGUGCUGAACGGCAAGAGCAUGGGGCCCUUCAAGAUCCCCACCAUGGCCAGCUCGGGUCUCCCCCUCCCGCCUGGUCUUCACCCAGACCUGCUUGGCCAGCUGAGCCAGAGGCAGGUGGAAGCGGAGGAGGGCCCUUGCUCCCUCUCCCGGGUGCGCCUCCGGUUCAAGCCGCCCACGGGCUACGAAUACCAGGGGCUCGCGCCGUCCCCAGGAGAGGGUGAGGGACCUUGGGGGGUGCGAGCUGGACAGGCUCGCCAAGUGCCCCGCGGCCAUCGGCGUGUUGCGACCGCUGGCGCCGCCGUUCCCGCUGCGGAUCGCGGUCCGCUCCCGUUGCUGUGCCCGAGGGCUCGCGGCUGCGCAGGUGGCGGUCGAUGGGUUCCCAGUGGCGCUACCCGAUGCCAGCGGGUGCCACUUGGUGCCUCACCAGCGCCGCAAGCGCAGGGUCAGGAAGAACGGACACCUCGCGGUGCACAUCAGCGGAGCACCGCUGAACCUCCUGGAGACCGACGCGGCCGCGAGGCCAGACGGGGUCUUCCACGUGCCUUACGGCCCUGCGCAGCCCGAGGUGCUGGAGGUGGGCCUCGUGUGCAGGCUCUGGAUCUAUUGGGUUGA